AUGUCAGACGAAGAAUUUAUCAUGGACGAUGCGGCGGAUGAGGAUUACGACUUUGAGUACGAAGAAGACGAUGACCUCGAUGAUGCCGAUGCAGAUAUCGAAAACCGCUACUACAACGCCAAAAACAUCAGAGAUUCUGACCCGGACGGCGCGAUACAGGAGCUCAAGGCGGUGGUCCAAGCUGAAAAGGAAAAGGGCGACUGGGGCUUCAAAGCUCUUAAACAAAUGACCAAGAUCAACUUCCAUCGAGGACAUCAUGUAGAGGCUCUCGAUACGUAUACACAGCUGCUCUCAUAUACAAAGAGUGCGGUCACGCGCAACUAUUCGGAAAAGUCAAUCAACAACAUCCUCGACUAUGUCUCGAAUGCUACCGACGUUGGCCUCUCAACGAUGCAGUCCUUCUACGACGUCACCAAGUCUGCGUUGGAGGACGCCCGAAACGACCGACUCUCUGUCAAGACAGACCUGAAGCUCGCACGAAUCUGGCUGGCGCGUAAAGAGUGGGGCCGUCUUGCAAAGUCGCUCAAGCAGCUGCACGCCUAUUGCACAAGCAAGGAUGGUAGCGACGAUCAGUCCAAAGGCACUAUUCUGCUCGAGAUCUUUGCUCUCGAGAUCCAGAUGUACGGCGAGGUCGGCAACUUUAAGAAGCUCAAGGAGGUCUACAACUCUACGCUGCAGGUCAAGAGCGCCAUUCCGCAUCCGCGCAUCAUGGGUGUCAUCCGCGAGUGCGGUGGCAAGAUGCACAUGUCAGAAAAGAACUGGGCCGCCGCGCAGGUCGAUUUCUUCCAGGCUUUCCUCAACUACGAUGAGGCCGGAAGCACGCAACGAAUCCAGGUGCUUAAGUACCUCGUGCUUGCUCACAUGCUCAUGGGGAGCGAUAUCAACCCAUUCGACUCGCAGGAAACCAAACCUUACAAGAACGAUCCCGAGAUCGUUGCCAUGACCAAUCUCGUUGCCGCGUACCAGCGCCGAGAAGUGCACGAGGCCGAAAAGAUCCUGCGCGAGAACAAGCGCACCAUCCUCGAAGACUCGUUCAUCAAAGCCUACAUUGACGACGUUUUGCGUGGACUCCGCACGCAGUAUCUGAUCGACACGAUCAAGCCAUAUUCGCGCAUGCAGCUCGGAUACCUGGCUCAGCAGCUCAAUAUAAGCGUUGAUCAAGUUGAGGAUCUGCUCAUGUCGCUCAUCCUCGACGAAAUCAUCAAGGCCCGGAUCGACCAGGUAGGACAGUACGUCGAACUCGAUCGCAGCGCCAACAGCUCCGGAAAACCGCGGUAUCAAGCCCUUGGCAAAUGGAACGUCGAGCUGGAUCGACUUGGAUCCUCGGUUCAUGUUAAGCAUGCAGCCGGGGCCGGAAGUGGGUCCGGUACCAACCUCGGCGGGUCUUUUCUGCGGAUGGGCAUAGGGCUUGGUGGCACAGCGCCUGGCUUGGGCCCAUCUCUUCGUUAA